GAAUGUCUGAUUUCCAGUACCUGGCAAUGCACUCUGGUCCUGAUGGCAAACAAACCUCCAUGUAUGACAAAGUCCUAAUGCUCAAACCAGAGAAGGAAGAAUUUUUCAAUAGAGAAUUACCUCUCUACAUCCCGCCGCCAAUUUUCUCACGUCUGGACACUCCCGUUGACUAUUUUUAUCGGCCGGAUAUACAACACCGGGAGGGAUACAACAACCCUCAGGUGUCUGGUGAGAACCUGAUUGGCCUUAGAGGGCACAACGCUAUCUUUGUGAACUUUGAUGACAAAGAAAUCCCAACUAAACCCCUGGAUGCUGCCGUACAGACCUGGAAGAAAGUGUGCAGCAAUGCUGUGGAUAAAAAGGUGGAGGAGAAAUGUAGAAAAAUAUGUCUCUUUGAAGUCCAUCCUGUCUGGUCUCAGAAUGCAGUUAAAGCCGGCAUCAAGCUCCCAAGAAAGAGCUCGGCAUCCAAACCAGGUGGCAAUACAUGA